CCAGCGAGCACCAGAGCUGACAUGAUGGACAUGCAAGUCCUCGGAGACUCGAGAAAACGCAGGACGCCAGUCUGCAACAUCAAGGUGUUCGUUCUGUGCCACGGACUCCUGCAGUUCUCCCAGCUGCUGCACAGCGCCUACUUCAAGAGCACCAUCACCACCAUCGAGAGACGCUACGGCCUCAGCAGCUACUCCUCGGGAACCAUUUCCUCCCUGAACGAGAUCAGUAACAGCAUCCUGAUUGUGUUCGUGAGCUACUUCGGGAACCGGGUUCACCGGCCUCGUGUGAUCGGCGUGGGCGGACUGCUGAUGGCCGUCAGCGCCAUGAUCCUCACCUUACCUCACUUCCUGUCCCAGCCCUACGAAUACGACUCCGUGUUACACAAUCGCCACGACAUCUGCAACCUGCACAGCAACGUGAGCCGCCCGGACACUUGCGGGCGCGACGAGACCAGGCAGCUGACGGACACCAACAAGCUGUGGCUGCUCAUGGCCAUCGCCCAGCUGCUCUUCGGCCUGGGCUCGGUGCCUAUCCAGCCCUUCGGGAUUUCCUACAUCGAUGACUUCGCUGCACCGAAGAGUUCUCCUCUGUACAUAGCUAUCCUGUUUGCGUUAUCUGUUUUUGGCCCGGCCAUCGGCUACCUGCUGGGCGCCGUGAUUCUGCGGAUUUAUGUGGACGUGGACAAAACUGGCUUCGGAGGCCAGCAGGAGCUGAGACCCGGAGAUCCCCGCUGGGUGGGCGCCUGGUGGAUGGGUCUGCUCAUCGGCGCCGGCUGCCUGGUUCUCACCUCCAUUCCCUACUUCUUCUUCCCCCGAGAAAUGCCCUCAGAGCAGAACAUGAAUGAAAGCGAGACAGACUCCAGUGAUGACUUUAAGAGGCCAGAUAUAUCUUUACUUGAGUUCCUCAGAAUGUUUCCUCAGAUGUUUCUCCACCUCCUGCUGAGCCCCCUGUUCCUGCUGCUGGUCCUGGCCCAGUGCUGCUUCUCCUCCGUCAUAGCAGGUCUCUCUACGUUUCUCAACAAGUUUCUGGAACGACAGUACGGCUCGUCAGUCGCCUACAGCAGCAUGCUAGUGGGUGCUGUGAAUCUGCCGGCGGUGGCCGUGGGGAUGCUGAUUGGAGGGGUGAUCAUGAAGAGGUUGGGUCUGUCUCUGAAGACCAUCCCUCGUUUCUCUGUGGUCAUGCUCACCCUUUCCACCCUCCUCUGCGUCCCGCUCUUCUUCAUGGGCUGUCCCACAAAGAAGGUCUUCGAGGUCAAUUACGAAGUGGGACCGAAUAUGUCUGUCUCCAAGUGCUAUUCCAACUGCUCCUGUCCUGCCAACGCCUUCAACCCCGUGUGCGGCUCUGACGGCGUGGAGUACGUCUCUCCCUGCCACGCCGGCUGCACCAACUUCACCAGAGACCCCAACAACACGCACAGAGUUCAGAUAUAUACGAACUGCAGAUGUACAUCAGACUCAAAGCAUCACGCCCAUCCAAGUCCUUGUCCAAACAGCUGCUCUCAUUUUGUCCUUCCGGUGAUCCUGGUCAUCUCUCUAGCAUCGCUGAUCGCCUGCCUCACUCACAAUCCAAUGUACAUGAUGGUGCUCAGAUGUGUUCCCUCUGAAGAGAAGUCAUUCGCUAUAGGGAUUCAGUUCUUACUAAUGAGACUGUUAGCCUGGUUACCUGCCCCUGCUCUCUUUGGCAUGGCCAUUGAUAAGUCCUGUCUCUGGUGGAAGCGCGUGUGUGGAAAGGAGUUUAGCUGUGGUUACUAUGACAACGACAUCCUGAGGAGCAGGUACCUGGGUCUACAGGUGGGCUAUAAGGUCAUGGGCAUUCUCCUGCUGGUGGUUCUGGGGUGGAAGGUGCAGCGGACCCAAGAGUACAGCUUCGAAAAUAAGCCAGAGGGACUACUGUGAUCGCCCAGAGACUUCUCUUUGAUCCAGCAUAUCGUAGCCCUGCUGUACUGUAAAACAUUUGCAGGAAGGCUGUUUCAAGCAAAGCUCCAUGGGUUGACCCUGAUUUCUGCAGGCCCAGUUCCCUGCAAGGCACCUCAACGAAUGGAGAGAGGAAACUUCCUUAAAGGGAAAAUGAGACCUAUCACAAGUGAAGACAGGACAUCGGAAACAUCUAUCGUACAUAACACUGGUACCUCGUAACGUUUAACAUGCAUUCCUCCAUCACGAGGAGACUGAUUAUCAAGCAACAGCUAAAUGUCUUUGUUUUUUAUUUUGUUAUCAAUCGGAUUGGGUUUCUGUUUGCACUGGCACUGGGUUUCUGUUACUAAUGAACUGUAUAGCUUAAUAUUUAAAUUAUUUUUUUAUAGAUGGUCGUCUCAUGUGGAGACACAUACUCUUUUCAUAUGUGAUCACAUAUACGUUUGUUAUCAAUACCAUGGACGUUUCUUGUUUCAUAUCAAGCACAUAUACUGUUGUCCAUAUUUUAUAAAUAAAGUAAAUAACCUCACACAUUUCAUGUACAUAAACUAGGUGCAAUGCCUGCAAUACAAGUUUAACAAAUCUAACCAAGUUGGCCAGAACGAUAAUCGUUCUGGACAAAGAUUGCUCAAUUUCACUUCUGACAUUUCAAUAAAUUGCAAGUUUGUUUUGGAAUUGGAGCAGCUAAUAUAAUCCCUCAAGUAAAUAAA